AUGUAUUUAUUUUUCUAUCUAUGUAUUUAUUUUUAUAUGUAUUUAUUUAUUUGUGUAUUUAUUUUUAUUAGAUAUGUAUUUUCUGUUAGAUAUUUCUCACGGAGAUAUGAUUGAAAAUGGUCAGAUCCAUCUCCUGUAUUGUGAAGAUAUUCAUUCUCACUCAUACCUUUUCUACAUUAGCCAUGUAGUUAUACAUUCUGUUAUCUUCGUUCUAUUUACCAUUCAUAGGACGAUGAUGAGUAUUCUCCCUGACCGGAUUCCCUUGGCUCAGCUCUCAGAUGAGGAAAUGUUGGGCACAGGAGUCUGUAUCAAGAGAGAACUCGACGAAGGUGUCACCGAAGACAUGUAUUUAGAAAUUAAGGAAGAACCGUAUGAUUAUGCAGAUGAAGCAAAAUAUAAAGUGAGUGAAGUAAAAGUGAAAGAAGAAUUUCUUUUCUUCAAGGAUCUUCAAGACCUCAGGCAGGAUGCAAAUGAAAAAGGCUCAUGUGAUUUUACUGAGGAUUGCAACGAUAUUUCAUCAGGAGGACCAUUAGUGGCUGAGGAUUGUGGGAACAGGUGCUCGUCAGAUUGGGAUGAGGCACCACUUAAGGAAACUUAUGAGGAGGUUACACAUGGAAAAGUGGAUAGGAAAUUGAAGUGUUUUUCAUGUGAAGUGUGUGGCAAGACGUUCGAUAAUAAGACAUACAUAAAGAUUCAUAUGAGAGUACACACAAAGGAGAAGCCAUACGGCUGUGAAUUUUGCAACAAAGCUUUCUCAAGGAAGAGUGACCAAGUGAAGCACAAAAGAGUACAUACAAAGGAGAGGCCAUACAGCUGUGAAAUUUGCAAGCAAGCCUUCUCACAGAAAAAGAGUUUAGUAAAGCACAUGAGAGUACAUACAAAGGAGAAGCCAUACAUCUGUGAGAUCUGUAAUAGGGCUUUUGCUCAUACUAGUUCAAGAGUGAUACACAUGAGAGUACAUACUAAGGAGAAACCAUACAGCUGUAAUAUUUGCAACAAGUCCUUCACUGUGAAAUGUAGUCUUGUAAAGCACAUGAGAGUACAUACAAAGGAGAAGCCAUAUACCUGUGAGAUUUGCAAUAAAGCCUUCUCUUUAAAAUAUGUUCUAGCACAACACAAGAAAGUACACACAAAGAAACAAUGUAGCUGAGGUUUCUCUCAAGAAAAAUUGAUUUAGUGAUUUAGUGAUUUACGUAAGGUUUCCCUCACACAAAAUGAUUUAGCGAUAGUGUGCAGGCAUG